AUGAAAAACAUCGAGGUGAACUCCCCUAAGAAGAAGGUAAAAAUGGUAGUGGGGGCGAAGGAUGAAGAGAACGAAAAGGAAGAGUAUUUAAUAACAAAUCUUACAGAAAAUAAUAAGAAUAUGCCUAGUCUUAUCGUAAGAAUACCAAAUAAUGUAAAUAAAUUCUUAAGUAAGGAAGAAGUCAAAAUUGAUUUUAAUGAAAAUAUAAAAUUAACGAAUAAUAAUGAAAAAAGUAAAAAAUUAAGUUCCUUUAAAAUGGAAAAAUCGCCCACAAACACAUAUGAAAACACGUACGCAAGUGUUGACAUAAAGUUAGAUGCCACAUAUCAAUCUGAUUCAAACAAUAGCAACAUUUACAGUAAGAAAAAACUAAAAGGUCAAGGAGAACAUCAAAAGGAAAAUGCACUAGAUGCAAACUAUGACGAAGAAGAGGACGAUGAUGAGGAGGAUGAAGACGAAAUGAAUGAAAAUCUUAUUAAAACAUUUAGAAAUAAUUAUGUAGAAAAAUACGAAACGAGUAUAAGCAACGAAAGUGUUGCCUUUUUAAGAGAACACACAAAGAACGAAUUAGAGCAUUUUUUACAAAGAGGUGGAAAGUAUCAUUAUUCGGAUGAAAUGAAAAUUAAUGAUAUAAUUAAUAUUGAUUAUGAUAAGUUAAAUGAAAAAAAUAUUAUCCCGUACUUCCUAACUAGCAUGUUUGAUAUAGAACAAAAAAAAAAGAGGGAAAAAAUGAAACAACAAUUAGAGGCAAAAAGAAAAUUAACGCUAGAGAAACAAAAAAAAAUGAUGAGUAAUAAGGUGGAAAAUGAAAAAAAAAAAAAAAAAAAAAAAAUGCACAAAGGAACAGCCUUGUCCAGUUUAAAAUUAGACAAUAAAAAAAGUAAAUCAUUAAGUAGGAAUAACAUAGAACGGGGCAGCAUUUUGAAAAGGGAUAAACUGAAGGAAGAUGCGGAAUCAGGGGAAGGGGAAGAUGGUGCUGAAGUAGCAAGUUCAGAUGAAAAAGGCGAUGUCGAAUGCAGCGACGAAUGCGAUGAGGCGUGGGACAAAGAACACCAGAAGAGCAACAAACGAAAGAACGAACAAGGCUCAAAACUCGUUAAGGAGAAAAGGAAAAACAAAAAGAUGCAUGAGAGUGAAAAUGAUAAUUACGAUUUGUAUAUUGAUGAACUUGGUAAAGAAGAAAUGGAUAUAAACAUUUAUAAUGAUCCAACAUUGUAUGGAAUAGAAGGAAGUAGUGAUUAUUCGGAAGGACUUAAAAGUGAAUUGGAUAAUUCACAGGAGGAAGAAGCAGGAAAAGAUCAAGGAGUGACAAAUAAUUUCAAAACUAAAAAAAAAAAAAAAAAUGUUGAUGAAGAACAGUUUGGAAAUGAUGAAAAAAUAGAAGAUAUUGUAGAUUCAGCUACACAGAAAUUAAUAUCAUAUGAUUAUUAUUCUAGUUUAAAUAUAAAAGAAAUAGUGAAACCUAAUUAUAAAAUAAAAUCUUUAUCAUCAUUUAUACCAAUUGAAGAAAAUUUAGAUAAAUUGGAUCAUGUGCAAAAGUUACAAUAUUUGAUAAAAAAUUUACCUCAUACACAUAUAAAAGAAAAAAGAUCAUUAUAUCACUAUAAUGUGAAGCAAUUUAUUAAAUGGAAAGUAUAUUUAUUAAAUAAUAUAAAUAUAUGUUUAUAUGGAAUAGGUUCGAAAUUUCAUUUAUUAAAUCUUUUUACAAAUAUUUGUUUAAAUGAUGGGAAUAAAUGUAUAAUAUUAGGGUUUGAGGAAGAGGUUAAUUUUGAAGAAAUUCUAAUGCGUAUAUUAGAAUAUCAUUAUAAUCAUAAAAGCUCAAAAAAUUUAAAGUCUUUUGAUUUAUUAUAUGAAUUAGUACAAAAGGUUAAUGAAUCGAAUAUACCCCUUUAUUUUAUUAUACACAACUUAGAUAAUAUGAAAUUAUACCCGUAUUACGAAUAUUUCUCUUUCUUAAGUCAAUAUGAUAACAUUUAUUUUAUAUGUUCCAUUGACGAUGUUUCUUUUGAGCUAAACAUGAAUUUUAAAAAUAUAAGUACCAUUAAUUUUCACUAUAUGAAAUGUCACACUUGGUUAGAUUAUAGACAUGAAAUUUUAAGACAAUGGAAUAAGUUCUUACCUGAAUGGGUAUUCAAUAAAAAGUGUGAAGAGAUAGAUGUAAAGAAUAACAUUGAAACUAUACUAAAUGCUUUAAGUAUUAACCAUAAAAGGUUAUUUAAGAUUAUUGCUUCCAUACAAUUAGAAAAUUUGGAAAAAGGUAUAUAUGGUGUAGAAAAAGAAUCCUUGUUACAAGACAAGCGCUUGUUUACUGUAGGGACAUCCAGUAUAAGGAUAAAUUCCUUACUGGUCGAGUUCGUAUCUCAUAAUGUUAUAACUGAGACAAGGCUUAAAGAGGGAAACACCUUCCUCAAAAUAAAUGCGGACAAGGGGGAGCUCAAAAGGAUAGUGGAGCAGCUGUAG